AAAUUUUAAUAUUUUAAAUGGUUAAUUUGACAAAUUUUCCCAACGAGGGGUGAAAUUGGUAUAGUAUUUUGUGACAAAUGUGAUGUGCCCUAAAUCCCAAAUUCAAAUCUUUCUGCAAUCAUCGAGUGUGAGGGAUCGAUAACACUAUGCAGAAGCGAGAGCAAGGCAAGUCGGGUGGAGCGUCGGGUGGUUCUGCCGGACCACCGGCGAAAAGAGGUCGUCCCUUUGGUAGCACCAGCAACAGCGCCGCCCUAGCGGCCGUCGCCGACACUGCCGCUCCAUCAACUCUCUUUGGGCCGUCUCUCCAUGUUCACAGCUCCUUCGCCGAUCAAAACAGUAAAAGGAUAGUUUUGGCUCUUCAGAGUGGAUUGAAGAGUGAGCUAACAUGGGCAUUGAAUACUCUCACAUUACUCUCUUUCAAAGAAAAGGAUGAUAUGCGCAGAGAUUCAACUCCUCUUACUAAGAUUCCUGGGUUACUUGAUGCUGUACUUCAAGUUAUUGAUGACUGGCGUGAUAUAGCGGUUCCGAAAGAUCUUGUAAAGGCACCGAGAGUAAGAACUUUAGGGGCAAAUGCUUUUGUAACAGGAUUUGGUAAUGAAUAUGACGCGUUGGGAUCAAAUGGCAAUCUGCCACAUCCUGGCUUGGGAUCUGGUUCUUCUCAUUCGGAAGCAUCGCCAAAUGUGUAUAAACCUCGCACUUCAGAGUGGUGGGCUAAUGAAGAUGGUUUGUUUAAUCUAGAUGAAGAGGGGAGAGCAGAGAGACAGCAAGGUGCUGUUGCCGCUUCAAAUGUCAUCCGGAACUUCUCUUUCAUGCCAGAAAAUGAAGUUAUUAUGGCUCAACAUCGGCAUUGUUUGGAAACAAUGUUCCAGUGCAUAGAAGAUUAUGUUACAGAGGAUGAGGAACUUGUCACAAAUGCUCUUGAAACAAUUGUAAAUUUGGCUCCGCUGCUUGAUCUUCGAAUUUUCAGCUCAUCAAAGCCAUCCUACAUUAAGAUAACAGAAAAACGUGCAGUUCAAGCCAUCAUGGGGAUUCUAGGAUCUUCAGUCAAAGCCUGGCAUUGUGCCGCAGCUGAGUUACUUGGUCGUUUAAUAAUAAAUCCUGACAAUGAACCUUUUCUUCUUCCCUUUGUUUCUCAGAUACACAAGCGCUUGGUUGAUCUUCUGAGUUUUCCAGCAUUGGAUGCUCAAGCAGCUGCUGUUGGUGCACUUUAUAACCUUGCUGAAGUAAAUAUGGAUUGUCGAUUAAAACUUGCUAGUGAGCGAUGGGCCAUUGACCGAUUGUUAAAAGUGAUCAAGACACCCCAUCCAAUUCCUGAAAUUUGUAGAAAAGCGUCUAUGAUAUUGGAGAGUCUCGUGUCUGAGCCACAGAACAGGCCGUUGCUGCUAGCUUUCGAGAAUGCCUUUGCAGAGAUAUUGUUUACAGAUGCCAGAUAUUCUGAUACAUUUGCCAGGAUAUUAUACGAAUUGACUGCGCGACCAAAUAGAGUGGCAUCAGCUCGCGGUGUAUGGGGCAUGUAACCAAAAAUCGUGCCUUGAAGGUGACUAUUGGAUUGGUAGUCAAGCUAAAUUAACAUUUAGGUACUUUUUUUGUACAUACAACAGUUAAAUUAAGCACCAAAUAUUAAAUUGGGGUUUAUAAAAAAUUUUCUAUUCAUGUGUUGUAUUAUUUAAAAAUCAGAUGUACUUUUUAAAAUUCUCCGUAGUUCACUGAUGUUUCUGCUGAAGAUUUUUAUCUAUAUUUUGUUGUUGUUGAUAAAAUGAUUUAUAUUUUAUUCC